CUGUCAAAGCCGGAAGAAAAAUUAGAUGCAAAUGCAUAUGUUUUCAAAAGGAAAUUAAAUAUUCUAUAAUAUUUAUUUUGCAAUUUACAUAAAUUAAAACAGAGUGUAUUUAUUUAUUUAUUUAUUAAUAUUACGUAUUAUCUCUAUAAUACGUAAUUUCAUAGCUGGCGCAAUGGCUUUAAUAAAUAGAGGUCUAUUGAAAACCGCUGCACCAUUAUUGUGUACUAGACGAUUUCGAGGAAAAAUUAAUAUACAGAAGCCUCGCAAACCCCACUUUGGAAGGCAAAUUCUGAUCGAUAUUUCCAAACCUCACUUUGGUCCACCGAAGCACUUGUUGCCCGAAAUAAUGAAAUGUGAGAAAAUAAAAGAUACCAUAGCAAAAAUGGAAAUAGACAAUCCAUUUGAAAGAAUCUUAGCUAACGAAUGUUUAAAUUGGUUUAACACUUCCAAAAUGGUAGUAUUUUUACAUGUUAAUUCCAUAAAUAUGGAGGAUAAGACACCUGUAUACGCAUCGUUGAAGAAGAAUGACAUGCAUUUAAGAACAUAUGGCAAGAAAAUAGUAAGCAUGGCAACUACGGGCACCCGGUACGAGGCUGUAAAUCAGUUGUUUACGUCACACCAAAACAUCAUAUUUGGCCAACCAGAAAAUGCUGCAAAGAUGUUUAAAAUACUUAAGAAAGCACCACAGUUGGUUGUUAUGGCUGGUAUAAUUGAAGAUAAAUUAUUAUCAAAGAAUGAGUUAGUAGAGUUCAGCAAACUCCCUAAUCUGGAUGUAGCGAGGAGCCAACUGUGUUCAGUUCUCCAAAGUGCAGGCUCUUGCCUUGUCGGGCAACUUAACCAGAGUCAGCAGAUACUUGUGUCACAUCUAGAAAAACAUAUAUCUAUACAAAACAGUCCUACUACAGAAGAUAACCAAACAGAAUCAAUAGACACAAAAGAGGAGAGUUAAUUUGAAUAAAUGUACAAUGUACCAAAGCUUAAGACACACUUGUGAAAUCUGUCAAAAUCAUAUGUUGUAAGUGUGCUAAAGUUUUAUUACUACUGUAUUUAGGGAUAGAUGCUUAAGAAAAAUAUACAAUUUUAUGAUACAA